AUGAGUUUUUUCUCAUAUUUCAACAGAGUUCUUCAUGGUUACUCAUCUGGCUCUAAGCUUUUGGUUCUCUGCUCUAUCAGUAGUGGAGGUCUCAUUGCAUGUGCAGACGCACAUUCAGAUGGUGAAAGAUCCGCUGUUGAACACAAUCAAGAGGAACCACAGAAGAAAAGGGUGGUGGUGCUUGGUACGGGAUGGGCCGCUACCAGCUUCCUGAAGGAUCUGGAUGCAAAAUCUUAUGAUGUUAAGGUGGUUUCACCAAGAAAUUACUUUGCCUUUACCCCUUUGUUACCUAGUGUCACGUGUGGAACAGUUGAGGCACGAAGUAUUGUAGAGCCUAUCCGAAACAUUACAAAAAAGAGAAGUGGGCAAAUCCAAUUCUGGGAAGCGGAAUGCCUCAAGAUUGAUCCAGCAAACAAAAAAGUUUUCUGCCGUUCCAGUGUUGAUGAAAAUUUAGUCGGAAGUGACGAAUUCUCUUUAGAAUAUGACUAUUUGGUUAUAGCAGUUGGAGCCCAAGUAAACACAUUUAACACACCUGGUGUCUUGGAGCAUUGCCAUUUUCUGAAGGAAGUAGAGGAUGCUCAAAGGAUUCGUAGGGCUGUAAUAGAUUGUUUUGAAAAAGCUGUCCUUCCGGACUUGACUGAAGAGGAACGGAAGACUAAUCUCCAUUUCGUAAUUGUAGGAGGGGGUCCAACUGGUAUAGAAUUUGCUGCAGAGCUUCAUGACUUCCUACAUGAAGACUUACUCAAAAUAUAUCCUCUGGUUACUGAUUUAGUGAAAAUAACUGUAAUCCAAUCCGGAGAUCAUAUCUUAAACAUGUUCGAUGAAAGAAUUAGCUUAUUUGCUGAACAGAAGUUUCAACGAGAUGGUAUUGACGUUUUAACAGGAUGUCGCGUAGUAAAUGUCUCUGAUAAAUUGGUUAACAUGAAAAUCAAAUCAACUGGAGAGGACGUUUCUGUGUCACAUGGGAUGGUGUUGUGGUCAACUGGGGUAGGCACUCGGCCAGUUGUGAAGGACUUCAUGGAGCAAAUUGGCCAGGGAAAUAGGCGGAUACUGGCAACUGAUGAAUGGUUGCGUGUAAAAGGAUGUGAGGAUGUAUAUGCCCUUGGUGAUUGUGCCACUGUAGAUCAACGUAAAAUCAUGGAAGAUAUCUCGACUAUAUUUAAAGCUGCUGACAAGGAUGAUUCUGGUAUCCUUGCUAUUGAAGAAUUCCAAGAUGUGGUUGAGGAUAUUAUAAUCAGAUACCCUCAAGUGGAAUUGUAUUUGAAAAGCAAGCAUUUUUCCAACCUGGCUGAUCUGCUAAAAGAUUCAGAAGGGAAUGAGAGGGACGCAGUAGAUAUUGAAGGUUUUAAGUUAGCACUGUCCCAUGUAGAUUUGCAAAUGAAGAGUCUUCCUGCUACUGCACAAGUUGCUGCUCAACAAGGUGCAUAUCUUUCUAGGUGCUUUAACUUAAAGUCGAAAGGUAAACAUGAUCCGGAAGGCCCUCGUCGGUUUAAUCGAUCUGGUCGUCAUGAAUUCCGUCCUUUCCGGUACAGGCAUUUUGGGAAAUUUGCACCCGUUGGUGGGGAGCAAGCAGCAGCAGAACUGCCGGGAGAUUGGGUUUCAAUGGGCCAUAGCACGCAAUGGCUCUGGUAUUCUGUGUAUGCAAGCAAGCAAGUUAGCUGGCGCACGAGGGUAUUAGUAGUAAGUGAUUGGACGAGGAGAUUCAUUUUCGGGAGAGAUUCAAGCCGUAUCUGA